CAUUCCGUGUGUCCCGCAGUGUGCUCCAUCCGGGUCAUCGGCGAGAGCGACAUCAUGCAGGAAUUCCUGUCGGAGUCGGACGAGAAUUACAACGGCGUCUCCGACGUGGAGCUGCGGGUGGCGCUCCCGGACGUCACCACGGUGACAGUGAGGGUGAAGAAGAACAGCACCACGGACCAGGUGUACCAGGCGGUGGCUGCCAAGGUGGGCAUGGACAGCGUCACCGCCAACUACUUCGCCCUCUUCGAGGUCAUCAACCACUCCUUCGUGCGGAAGUUGGCUCCCAACGAGUUCCCCCACAAGCUCUACGUGCAGAACUACACCUCGGCCGUGCCGGGGACCUGCCUGACCCUGCGCAAGUGGCUCUUCACCACCGAGGAGGAGGCGCUGCUCAACGACAACGACCUGGCCGUCGCCUACUUCUUCCACCAGGCCGUUGAUGAUGUCAAGAAAGGCUACAUCAAAGCCGAGGAGAAAUCCUACCAGCUCCAGAAGCUCUGCGAGCAAAGGAAGAUGGUCAUGUACCUGAACAUGCUGCGGACGUGCGAGGGCUACAACGAGAUCACCUUCCCGCACUGCUCGUGCGACUCGCGGCGCAAGGGCCACGUCAUCUCGGCCAUCAGCAUCCGCCACUUCAAACUGCACGCCUGCACCGAGGAGGGCCAGCUCGAGAACCAGGUGAUUGCCUUCGAGUGGGAGGAGAUGCAGCGCUGGGACACGGACGAGGAGGGCAUGGCCUUCUGCUUCGAGUACGCGCGCGCCGAGAAGAAACCGCGCUGGGUCAAGAUCUUCACCCCCUACUUCAAUUACAUGCACGAGUGCUUCGAGCGAGUGUUCUGCGAGCUCAAGUGGAGGAAGGAGAACCUUUUCCAGCUGGUCAGGUCACAGCAAAGGGACGCAGCCACUUAACCCUGGCAGCUUUCCCAGGACCCCCCAAAAAUCCCUUAUUGUAUUAAAGCCCCCCCAAACUAAAUCUCAUUAAUUCCAAAUCCAUUCAUGCCCGUCAU